CCGCCAUUCCUACCCGCCAGUUUCGCGGAUCUCCCUUUCACACAAUGAACCCGCAAGGCCAGCCCAUGGGCCCUCCGCAGGGAAUGUCCCAAGGACCGCCGCAGCCCGGGCAACAGCCCACGCCCGAGCAAAUAGCGAUGAUGCAGCGCCAGCUCGCCGCCGAGGCAGAAAAAAACGGAAUGACGGUCCCCGAAUACAUCAACAAACUCAAACAACAAGCGAUGCAGCAACACCAAGCCCAGAUGCGCGCGCAACAGCAACAACAGCAAGGCCAGCAGCAGCAACCCAUUCAGCCGGGGCCCCCGAAGCCAGAAGCCCUCGCUGUCGCCAACUUCUUGAAGUCGCAGGAGCUGAAGCCGCGGACGGUCAUUCACGAUGAGAAGCGCAAGGAGAUGUUUAGAGUCAAGCGAGCCAUCCGCGCCCUGAUGUCCCCCGCGUACCAGAAAGCACGCUCCAGGAACUCCAUCCUUCCCGAAGUCCAUGACCGCCCCUCCGCCGAGAAUACCUUCAAGCUGCUCCCGCUCUCCCUCCUCGCCCUCCGCGUCUCCAAAGUAGACCCCGAGCAAGGCCACGAAGGCCACAACCAUGCGAAGCCGAAGCGCGUCAAGGGUCUUUGGACCGUCCGAAUCGAGCAGCACCAGGAAGCCAACGACGAUUGCUACUACAUCUGGCUAUACGAGGGCUCACAGUGGAAGCAGAAGCUGUAUGCGGUCGGCGCACUGGUAGCGGUCAUUGCAGUGGUUCUGUUCCCGCUGUGGCCGCUGUUCCUGAGGCAGGGUGUGUGGUACCUUAGCAUGGGCAUGCUAGGGCUCAUUGGGUUGUUCUUCGCCAUGGCUAUCUUCCGGUUGAUCCUCUUCAUUAUCACCAUGUUCGCAGCCCCGCCCGGGUUGUGGCUGUAUCCGAAUCUCUUCGAGGACGUUGGCUUCUUCGACUCCUUCCGGCCAGUAUGGGCAUGGCAAGAGACAGCGGAAGAUAUCAAAAACAAGAAGCGCGCAAAGAAAGAAAAGAAGGCAGCCAAAGCGGCAGCAAAAGCAGCUGCCAACGGCAAACCCGCGAAAACCAAGAAGGGCGGCGUAUCUCCCACUCCCGAGCCUGCGACUCCAGCCACAAACGUCGAUUCAGCUCCGAAGCCAACAGGAUCCGAAGCCGCAUCAUCGUCCGGCGCCGUUACACACCGCCCGCAGCGCGCUACAGUGGAGGAGGCAGAUGACGACGAGUAGGUGCCGAAG